UAACAGUGUGCACAAUCUUCAUAGAGAACAGGAAGAAAUAAGAAUCCAGCCAUGAGGACCUCAGCCCUGCUACCACUCUACCUUCUCGGAGCAUUUAGCAACCUGUGUGCAGUGCUCUGUGAUGAUCCAUCAUCAGGUAAUUUUUCAGCAGGAAUCCGCACUUCAAAUAUGUUCAUUUAUAGUGAAGAUCCAGAAGGUAAUUUUUCAGCAGGAAUCCGCACUUCAAAUUUUUUCAUUUAUAGUAAAGAUCCAGAAGUUUUUCACAUUUUAAAUGACGAAACCAAAUUCUUCCUCUACAGUCAGUGGUUGACACAGUUUGUACCAUCGAUCUACACCAUGCUGUUCACUGUGGCUCUGCCUCUAAAUUUGAUGGCAAUUGUAAUGUUUCUAUUGAAGAUAAAAAUCAAGACGCCAGCGGUAGUAUAUAUGCUGAACUUGGCGAUAGCAGACGUGCUUUUUGUUGCCAUCUUGCCUUUCAACAUUGUUUAUAGAUUCUCAGGGAACAACUGGCAAAUUGGAGAAGAAAUGUGCCGCUUUGCCACUGCAGCAUUUUACUGUAACAUGUACUGCUCCAUCCUGCUCAUGACAAGUAUGAGUGCGGACAGAUACAUGGCCGUGGUGUUUCCAAUUCACUCUCGUAACUGGCGUACAAAAAAACGAUCUUGGUUGGUGUGUGUCUUCAUCUGGCUUGUAUCUAUUGCUAGCACUGUGCCUCUUCUUCUCACCAAUCAAACUCUUUACGUUGACGGAUUGGACAUUACAACUUGCCACGAUGUGGUGGACUUAAAAGAGCAGCAGAGCUUUUACAUGUACUACUUCACUGCCUUUUCUUCUAUAUUUUUCUUCUUUCCAUUAAUCAUUACAAUCUUCUGUUAUGCUGAGGUUAUUCGGGCCUUGAGUGAAAACCCACAAAACAUUAAAAAUUCUUCUUCUAAGAAGAAGAGAGCUAUUCUCUUAUCCAUAAUAGUCCUUUCUGUAUUCAUGAUUUGCUUUGGCCCAACAAAUAUCAUCUUUUUAAUGCAUUAUCUGCACUUUCAUUCUGGACAUUCUGACUCUCUAUAUUUCGCCUACAUUCUGUGUGUUUGUAUCAGCAGCAUAAGUACUUGUCUGGAUCCUUUAAUGUAUUACUAUGCGUCAUUGAGGUGUCGGAAAUAUGUAUAUAGCCUAUUAUGCUGUAAGAAGCCCGAUAAACUGCAGACUGGUCAGUCCCAUGCAAUCAAAGAUUCAUCUACAGAAAGUUCAUUUCUUAAAGUUUAAUACUGGGCUACAAGUUUUUGCUAUGCAUAUUUCAUGAAUAUAUGGAUUUAGGGUACUUUCACACUAGCGGCAGGCAAGCUGUUCACCCUGUCGGAUCCAUCCUG